UGCCUGUAAUAAUUUUUACAGCUAGCCAAAGAAGCCUCAGCUGCUGGGCAAAGUUCUAGUAGCUUAGGGCCCCCUGACCACCCUCAACCCCCAGUGCCCACUGCAGGGGACUCAAAGAGAUAGCCAGAGUCCAGGAGAGAGGAAAGAGGGGGGAAGUUCCUGCUUUUGCAUGAGGAAGCACGAGAAGGGGAGGAAGAACAGAAGAAUAGCCCGCAGUGUUCUGAAACAAGGAAGGCUGCCUGCUUGCUUUCAUUUCUCUGGUGAAUAUUUGACUGGAUGUUUGCUUUUUGUCUGAGUUUUUGUGUGCUGUGAAGAGAACUGGGCAGAACAUCAGAGUAUCAGAAACGAUCAUAACCAGGAGGCCAGAGAAGCUCAAAGACUAAUCCAGAGAAGCAGCUUGCUCGCCGGGGCUGCAGGCGGUGCUUUUCCACCAAGAUGCUUUCCACAAGUGCAAGGACCAGGCAGUUAAAUGUCACCUGUACCAGUUCGAUGGACAUGGAACUCUUCCUCCAUUACUCCCUCAUCCCAUCGAUUUUCAUCAUUUUGGUCUUGUCCUUUCUCCAAAGACAAGAGCACCAAAGACAGAGAGAUGACACAUCUUACCUCCUGGGGAGCCGCUUUGGAAUUAUCAUACCUCUGGACUUUGUGGGCACUUUUAGUAACCGAUGGUCAUAUGGAAUCGCCUUUGGGGCCACAGCCAAUAAGGUCAUGUUCCUGUUUUCAGAAGGUUACCAGCCUCUGCAGAUCCCACAGUGGGCCCAAGCCUUUGUGCUUCUGAUUGGAGGUAUCGAAGUCGGCCUGUCCCACUUCCCCUUCUUUGCCUGCCUCUCAUCGGAGUUCCAGCUGGUCAGCUCCAUCCUUGGCUUCAGCUACUCUCUGGUUUGGUUUGCUGUCACCAUCCUUCACAUCACAGAAUGUCCCCAUGGGCAGUUUGUGGGGAGGUACGAGACUGUCAUGUUCUACUGGCCUUCGCUUCUGUGUCUGGCCUUCCUGCUGGGCCGCUUCCUGCACAUGUUUGUCAAGUCUCUGAAGGUCUGCCUGGGCCGGGAGCCCCGGACGGAAGAAAAGCCUUUCCUGGAAGUUCACCAGGGGCAGCACGUCAAGCAGCUCCUGAGGAGGCAUCCCCCGCAGGAGAAAAAGAAAUCUUGGUUCCAAACCAGGAUAUAUGAGUGGGACCCCUGCUUUCGGUUCCCAAGCAGAAUGAUUGGAACCACUGUGUUGGCUUUUAUCUGCCUGUACCUUUUCAUUGUCAUUGAGUUCUGCAUGUUCAUGUAUGUAAGAGAUGAGCUGGAUGUGUUUGAAGGCAAGCUGGAGAACUAUAUCGCCUCCGUGAACCAGUCAGGGGCCCUGACCCCAGUCAUCCUGCAGGUGAAAGAGCUGAUGAGCGUCAGCAAAGGAGUCUGGGUGGUGACCAUUUUGCCUGCCUCCCUCACGUGUGUGAGCUAUCUGUUCCACAUACUGGCCUGCUACAGAAAGCACAUGAAGAGGUUGUGGGCAGGAGAUAAACAGUUUCUUCCUGUGAAGUUCCAUAAUCCUUCCUCGUCGGAGAGUGUGGUGGCCAUCGCAAGGUACUCUGGCUGGCAAAUAGCCUAUAUUCUGUGGGGCUACCUCAUUAUCCAUGUGCUGCAGAGCCUGUGUGGCAUGAUGAUCAUGUACAGUCUGGUGCUGCCUGUCAUCCACAACCAGGGCCUAGGGAUGCUCCAAGGACUGGGCAUCGGGACCCUCACCAUAUCCAUCGUCCUGGGCCUCAUGAUCAUCCAGGUAUGGAUUGCCGCCACCUUCUUCCUGCAACCAAAGAUAGGCACAGCUGACAAGCAGAAGCCCUUGGCUCUCAACAACAGGAAAGCAUUCCACAACUUCAACUACUUUCUGUUCUUCUACAACGUGCUGCUGGGCCUGGGCGCUUGCCUCUCCAGGCUGCUCAUCAGCUGCAUCCUGGGCACGUGGCUGAUUGCUCGCAUUGACAGGACCAUCAUGCAGAAUGGCUAUGAAGGAGCAGACAUGGGGUUCAAUGCAUGGAUCGGCAUGCUCUAUGUGGAUCAUUAUCAUACCAACCCUGUGCUCGUCAGCUUCUGUCACAUCCUGAUUAUAGGCCACAGGGAGAAGAGGCUCCAACAGGCCAUCAGAUACUGGUGCCAAAAUCAGCCAACAGGUCCCCGCAUCUCAGCUAGGUCCAGAACACGGUGGUUCCUGCUGCAGACCCUGAUCAACAAUCCCAGACUGGCCAUGCUCAGAAAAUCAAGAGUGGGUCAUGGCUCCUGGGAGUUUACCCAGAUUCUGUCACCAUGCUCUGAGAGCUGAUGCUGACCUCCAACACUGUUACAAGGCCAUUCCAGGCUGACCAAAAGCUGUCCCCUGUGAUGCGAUGAGAUGCAUAGCCACUGUGGGUGCAGAUGGCA